UGUGUUUCAGGCUGCAGCGUCUGUAAUCGGUCAGUUUCACUUGUAGUCGGUUACUCCACCUGUUUAUCACUCAGGUGAUGUUCUUGAUUUUAUUACCCUGGCGUGUGCGUGCUGUAAAUUGCCCGGGUGCUGCACUGCUCUCAUAGUGAAGUUCCACCUUUUUUAACAUGUAGAAAAGUGAUGUUUGGAGUUUUUCCUCGGAUCCUUCAAAUCUCUGGAGUUUUAUUGUUGUUGCUCCUCUUCUGUCACGCUCCAUCCUCAGGUAAGAUCAUGUUUUAUUCAAGCUUUUAACAGGAGAUUGAUUUAGGACAGAAAUUGUUUUACACACAACCAAGGAGAAAUCCUUGGACCCAAAGCUGGAAUCAGAUGUGAUCGAGCUGGGAAACACACAUGUAUUUUAUUUUUGUUGUGCUGAUGUGAUAAUUUGUCUCCUUUUUUUGUGGGUUUGAUUUUAAUAUGAAUUUCUUUAGCUUUGUUAGUGGUGUUGACAUUUUUCUGAUUCUCAUAGAUUCCAUUGUCUCUAGUAUCAGGAUGGUAAAAUGACUUUAACACUGCAGCUUCAACUACAGCAGGCUGUAAUCAUUAUCCCACUCAUUCGUGUAGUGUACUGACAUGUGAACGCACUCAUUUGGCAUUUAGGGACCAACCCACCAAUCCUCUGGACUUUAUGAGAUCUGAUCUUUUCUGUUCACAUGAUGAUGUGUGAUGCAUUCACUGCUGAUCUCCAAUAGAGUUUAUUGUUUCCUGUAAACUGUGGUCAACAGCAUCUUCCCAUCGAAAGUGGUUCAACCACCUGUUGAUGUGUGGGUAGAUGGUGCCAGGGUGACAGUCUGAGGGGGUCUGAACUUAAACUCCUCUGUACCAUCAGAUCUCUUGAGUUUGUCUCAGCUGCUCAGGCUUGAAUUUGAUCUUGUGACUUUUGAGUCGGUCAGUACUGAACACACACCUGAAGUUCGUCUCUACAUCAGCUCCACGAAGACAUGAUGAAAAUUGUAUUUUUGCUGCUCCUCUGCUGUUGCUCUGCAUCUUCAGUGACUCACUCCCUGAAGUUUUUCUACACUGGACUGUCUGGAGACCAAACGUGGCCAGAGUUUAUUGGUGUCACAGUGGUUAAUGGAGUUGAGGUGAUUUACUGUGACAGCAACAUCGGAGGAGCUGAACCCAAACAAGACUGGAUGAGGAACAUUGAAUUGAAAGACAUGGACCGGUACAGUAAUGAAUGUCGUACUAGUCACAGCACCUUCAACACCGCUAUUAAAAGUCUGAUGCAAAGCUUCAACCAAACUGGAGGUGUCCACAUUUACCAGAGGAUGUUUGGUUGUGAGUGGGAUCAUCAGACUGCAGAGGUUAAUGGUUAUGAUCAGUAUGGUUAUGAUGGAGAAGACUUUAUAGAAUUUGACCUAAAGACAGAGACAUGGAUCACUGCAACACCACAGGCUGUCACCACUAAAAACAAGUGGGACGAUAACAAAGCUUUGAUCGCUCAGAGGAAGAACUACCUGACCCAGGUUUGUCCUGACCAGCUGAAGAAGUAUGUGAACUAUGGGAGGAGCUCUCUGCUGAGAACAGAUCGUCCCUCAGUGUCUCUCCUCCAGAAGACUCCCUCCUCUCCAGUCAGCUGCCACGCUACAGGUUUCUACCCUGACAGAGCCAUGAUGUUCUGGAGGAAAGAUGGAGAGGAUCUUGAUGAGGACGUGGACCAAGGAGAGAUCCUCCCCAACCAUGAUGGAACCUUCCAGAUGAGAGCUGACCUGAACAUUUCAUCAGUCUCACCUGAAGACUGGAGGAGGUACGACUGUGUGUUUCAGCUCUCUGGUGUGAAGGAGGACAUCAUCACCAAACUGGACCAAGCAGAGAUCAGGACCAACAGGGUUCCUCCCUCAGAGUUUCCUGCUGCUGCUGUCAUUGGAGUUGUUGUAGGACUGCUGCUCCUGCUGCUCUGCAUCUCUGGACUCUUCAUCUGGAGAAGGAACAAUAAUGGAUUCAGACCUGCAAACAUUUCAGACUCUACAUCUGAAACUUCUCAGCAGCCUCUAACUGACCACAGCAGGUUUUUCAUCAUGUCAGCUACACUGUGCAGAUACUGUGUGCAGAGUCCCACCCCUCCUGAAUCUAAUGUACUGACAUAAUGUUCCAGACUGACAACAUCUGGGGAGACCUGAUGUUACUGUCCAGCUGUGUCUGCAGACAUGUGGUGGAGAGACCAAAGACAUGAAGGAAGAAAAGAAAAGAACACACAACCAAAACAUUUUUACAGUGUGGCCUUUUGAGACAAACCUAUAGUUUAGAUCUUUUGGUGGAGGUUUGACAUAAACAAAACAUUUCUGCUAUGGGUAAAUAUUCUGUUUGUAUAGUUCUUUUAAUAUGUGGUAAUGGUUCUAACCUCAACAACACUCAGCAUGUAAGAACGUGUGUUUAACAGCUUUUUCUUUUCAUUUUAGAAUCACUAUUAUAAAAUAAAAUCACUCUAAAAUUUAA